AUGGAUGUUAAGGCUUCUCGAAACCCGCCCUUCCGGGCAGAACACCUAGGCUCCCUGCUUAGGACUGAUGAGUUGCUUCAAAAGAGAGCAGCCGUUGACAAAGGGACAGCAUCAGCAGCAGAACUGGAGCCACUGGAAGAUCGCGACAUCAGAGAAAUUGUCGAUCUCCAGCGGAAACUGGGGUUUCACGGCAUUACCGAUGGCGAAUAUCGGCGACAUAGUAUAGAAUUGUGGUUCAUUCCCACAUUCCUAUGCCUUCCCCUGGCACGGCAAAUGCACCUUGGUUUGACGGCAGAGAUGCUACUGGAGUGGGGUAUGAUGGGAUGCCUUGUCAAAGUAGGUGAGUUGGUUGAUAUGGUGAGAGCACAAGAAAGAUGA